AGCAUCCUACUCUCUCCUCCUCCUCCUCCUUUCCAAACUCUUUCCAAACUUUGGCCAGCCUCGCAUCCUUUCGCAUCCUUCUCUUCCUCCUCCGCAUCUUCUUCCCUCGGAGGACGGAAGGAAGGAAGGAAGGAAGGAAGGAAGGAAGGAAGGAAGGAAGGAAGGAAGGAAGGAAGGAAGGAAGGAAGGAAGGAGAGGAAGGAAGGAAGGAAGGAAGGAAGGAAGGAAGGAAGGAAGGAAGGAAGGAAGGAGAGAGACAUGGCCGAGGGAGAUCGGACGCGAAAGGGCCCCGCGCCCCCCGCCUGACCCCGCUUGGCGAGCCUUUGGCCCGGCGGAGAGCGGCUCGGCUCCAAGAUGCUCUUGGUGGUCUUCUUCUUCCUCCUCCUCCUCCUCGACGCCACCCUCGGGCACUACUCCGAGGACCAGUGCAGCUGGAGGGGCAGCGGUCUCUCCCAAGAAGCCGGCAGCGUGGAGCAGAUCUCCUUGCACUGCGCUGAAGGGUCACUGGAGUGGCUCUACCCAUCGGGAGCCUUGCGCCUGAGCCUCUUCCCUCGCCUGCCCACUGGCGCCAGCGGCAGAGAGAGCCCCAGGCGUUUCACGGCCUGCGUCAAGUCCGCCCUCGGUUUCCGGGGGGCCCAGAUCUACUUGGAGAGGGACGGGGUGCUGGAGCUCCUCCUCUCUGAGGCUGAGGCUGCUGCUGCGCAGCCCAAGGUGCGCUGCUUCAACUGGCUGCCCAAGGAGAAGGUGGCCCUCUUCCUCCAGUCCACUCUGCACCAGGACAUCAGCCGCCGCAUUGCCGCCUUCCGCUACGAGCUACGGGGAAACUGGGACUCUCGCUUCUCCUGGCCAUCCGGAAAUCUUAGCACAGAAGAUUCAGGGAGUUGCCGGCCGUGUAACAACACGGAAAUCCUGAUGGCUGUUUGCACUAGUGAUUUUGUAAUCCGUGGAAAUAUCCGGACGGUGACUAACAACGUUGAAUCACAAGAGUCCAUCAUCAGCGUCAGCGCCACUCGGAUUCACCGCCAGAAGUUUGCCUUGUUCCAGCCAGUUGGCAAAUACGGGAAGUCGGUGGGCAGUAUCCGGACCCUGCUGCGGUGCGGGGUGAAGCCGGGCCCUGGCAGCUUCCUCUUCACUGGCUGGCUGCAUUUCGGGGAGGCUUGGCUCAGCUGUGCCCCCCGGUACAAGGACUUCCGCCAUGUCUACGAGGAGGCACGCCAGGCUCACCAGAACCCUUGCGAAGUUUCGCUGGACUGAACCAGAGCACAAAGAGAGGAGCUGGAAGCGGAAGCCAAGCCUCUGCUUUACCACCUGCCGCAGCCAUGCUGUGAGUGGUCUACAUACCCAUCUUGGUGACAUGGUCAGGGAUACAGAUGGCCGCAGAAAGGAAAGAGGGCAAACCGUGUUGCAGGUGGAUUGAGCCGGUCAAGACCUGAGCAAGCCUAGCAAGAUAACCUCUAAGUGGCUUUCACCAUACGCUGAAAUCAACGUGACACAUCACAACAAAUAUUCAACUUGCCACUACGAAGAUAGAGCUUUACAAAAUGUUUCUCCUCUCUUGUUAAGCAUCCUGGUGGCUUUCUCCACUUAUUGGUGUAGCUAUAAGCCAGGUCAGGGCUGAAGGAAGACAACUGGGCUGCUUUGUUGUAAUGCUGGGAUACACCGAGUCUUACCUGUGCUUUGGACUUCUCUUCUAUUUAACAUUGGACCACCAUUGUCUUUGUUUUCUGCUGGAGCAUCAACUGACCACCUUCACAAACAAGAGUAACAAGUGCUUCCCAGGUUUUCAAGCAAACCUGGCCCAUGGGUUUCAACUUGCAGGCACCAAUAAAAUGGGAAAUGACAUCUCAUACAAGGCAUCUCAUCUUUUGCUUUGGUUUCAGCAACACAGUCCAGCCAAGAAACUCUGCAAAGCAAACAAAUCUCAACCCUUUUGUGGCUGAGCUUCAACAGGAUGGUGUUUUUUUCAGUUGUGUUUUGGGUAUGGUUUCCUUUCCCCAUCAGAUCCUUUCAGCCAAAUGUGACAGAAAGCAAUCAGGUAUAUAGAUGCCACUGAAGUGAGUGAGUGCUGGAACUGGAAAUAGACUUAUACACAGCUUUCUUGAGGGUUGAGGUGGAGUGUAAUAGUAGUGGGCACCCAAUGUGCAUGGUUGAUCUCAUCUCUUUCGCUGUCCCAAAUGACAUGGGGACGGCUUAUUCCCAAAUAAUAUGAAUGUGAGGGUGAGCAGAUCCACAUAUUGAGUCCAUGUGUGCUGAAUUUUCAAUCCAACUGCAAAAAAUAAUCUUUGGACACCCAAACUACAGAUGCAACAGUUCUUCAUGAAAUGAGAUUUAAUUUCUCCUGAUUUCAUUGUGUUUGUCUAAAAAUGAAGGCUCAAUUCAGCUGAGAUUUAAGCAUUUAACUUGGAGCUAGUCUGCUUCCAAGCACUGUUUUACUCAGAAGCAAAUCACACUGAAUUUAAUAUAGUUUCCAAGCACUUGGGCAUAAGUUGAACCAGCCUUUGUUGCUUGGAUAAGACCCAUUUUUCCCAAUCAGAUCAAUGCCUUUGAUUAUCUGUACAAUAGGAACUGCUGCAACACAAUAAGUAUGACCUGUUGAAUUUCUGCCAGCUACAAGGCAGUUAUAGGCUCUCGAGGGCUGAAGAGGGGGCAACCUGGUUUAUGGUACUGAUAAGUACCAUAUAUAUACUCAUGUAUAAGUCAAUCUCAUGUAUAAGCUGAGGGGCCAACAUUAUGGAUUUUUAUACGACUCAUGGAUUUAUUUUUAUGUGAUCAUUGCAGAAGAAGUAGCGGGAUUGGUUCUUCUUUUAGGUUCUCCUGGGACAGUAUAAGCUCCAGCCUUUCUAUGCUCACUUUUUGGGAUAAAGGUUAAGGAAAAGUACUUACUUUGGUUUAUGGAUUAAUUGAUUUUUGGAUUAAGAUGUCUAGACUUAUACAUGGAGAUAUAAGAUACUGGGUCUUCUUGGGAAUGUGGGCACUGUGGGGAAGAGGCCAGCGGCUGAAUAAGAACAGAUGUUGCCAUUGUCAUUACUCCAAAUUGACUGAGCCUUCCUAUCACCAGACGGUGCUUAUCCUUCACUCCUGACUUUUGUUUCAUUUUCUCCACUCAGGGUUCUCUAGAACAGGACUUUUUCUGCUCACAACGUGACCCCAUGUACCCACACACAGCUUUGAUUGGCCUCCAACAUCAAAAUCACACUACAGGUAUAUACAACAAGAGGAAGUCACAGAUAAAAACAAAACAUACUGAAAAGUUACUAAUCUCAAGGAUAAAAUUUGCAACAGUCUCACAAAAGAAUGCAUCAGAGUUGUUCAGAAGAUAUGGAAUUUUAUAACAUCGUUGCCAUUGAGAAUGCUGUGAAAAAAUGGAAUUCCUGUAUUUCAUUUGUAUAUUAUCAUAUUUGAGGCAAACAAAGAAUGGUAAAGCGUUUCAACAGAGACCAAGCCACAAGAACAUUCCACAUGCUUAUAUCUCCCAGUCAGAAGAGCGGAUGGCAACACAUAACAUCUUGUAGUAGCCAAAGCUCUCCUCUGGGUGGGAUUAAUCCAAAUGCAAAUAUAUUCUGCCAUGACUCUUUGCUUGCAUGGAAUCAAUGAUGUGGUAGGGGGACAUGCUGUCUUUGCUGCAUGAGUCAGAUUAUGGACACCAAGAUCCAAAAGUCUGCUCUUGAUUGACUUGCAGGUUUCCACAUUUGUGAGCAUUGAGCAUGCUUCCAAAGACAGGCCAAGAAAUCUGAGUAUAUAAAACAGGUAUAGAAAUAAAAAUAAUUACUGAUUACAAAUCAGCAUUUGCACGGCUUGCAAAACAAACCGAUUUUCCAUUUAUUUUAUUUUUUUGUGGAAUCCAGAUGAAGCAUUUUCUGCAAAUCACUGCAAAUCCUGCAUGCCAUUUGUAGAUUGCAAAAAAGGAGUGGCCUCCAGAAACCUUUUAUUGUGGCCCACUUUUUUGUGGACUCAACACUGAGCCAAGGUCCCCCUAUUUGCCAAGAAGGUGCAGGAACAAAAGGACCAAAACUAUCCCUUAUUGUUUAUAAUGUUAGUAUGGUUUACAUCUUACUGAUUGGAUGCAUAAAUUAAAUGCAAGUAACUCACUGUUUGUAAUGAGUUCCUGAUGGGUUUGGGCAUCUCUUUCCUUUAUUUUUUUUGACCCAAAUAUGGCCCAAUUAACACAGUUUGAUACCAUUUUUAACGGUCAUGGCUCAACGCUAUGAAACCAUGAGAGUUGUAGUUUUACAGGGUCUUUUUCUUGCCAAACUACAUAUCCCAGGAUUCCAUGGUAUUGAACCACAGUUGUUAAAGUGGUGUCAAACUGUGUUAAUUCUACAGUGUAGAUGCACUGCUGCAGGAGCCCCAAAGUUAUUGCUGCUAUGGCAUCUUUAUGGAUGAUGGUUCACAGAACUGGAACAGACGAGAAGCAGAUCAGUUUGUUCUCGAUACAAACUUCAUGUAGACAAGCCUUUAAUCCACAUUAAAGUUGUUUUUGAAAGCAGCCUCAAAACCAUCUUGGUCUGGCAUACAUUCUUUGUGAGUAUAAAAUGCAAUAAACAGCAGAGAGAGAGCCAAUUCUAAAUCAAAUGUACAUUCUGGCCAACAGUGAUACUACUCACAUUUCAGAUUUGGAAAAAUGCAAAAACAAGCAACCCAAGCAUAACUUGAGAAAACAGCCAUUGAUGUUCCACUGCAUGUAUUCAUCCAAUUUAAAUCCAACCCACUGAAAAUCUCAAUGUUGACCAAGACUUCAAACUAGUUAUCAGUCCAGGGAUUUCCCUCUUUUUAAUAUCUGAGGAUGGGAGACAGAUUGUAUGUGCACUAAAUGUAUAAUGAUACCAAAUUUGUUAUAUUUUUUUCCAAUUUAAAGUGGUUUAUAAUGUUUACGUGGAUGUUUGGUUUCAUGUUUUGAAAUGUUAAUAUAAGGCAAAUUGCCACUGCUAGAAAGGUAGUGCCAGGUAUGUUUGUAGGAAUUUUUUUGAAAGUAAUAUUUUAAAUGUAUUUUUUUUGUACAUAUUGUUUCAUGUCAUUGUACAAGUCAAGAGAAAGAAAAAUCUGCUUUGGGGUAAAUGGUAACUUUUUUCGUUCCUUCUGUGGUUUUUCUUGUGAAAAGAAAGAUUACAUUAAAAUAAUUCAUGGGAGUUCCUAGCAA